AUGAAUAAAGUUUCAUUUGAGGCCUCAGUAGAUUUUGUAUGUGCUGAUUGUUCGAAGAGACCUGUUCAAAACAGAUUAGCUUCACCGUCCAUCAAACCAGCUCCGAGGAUUCAAAAGAGUAAAGGGAGGGUUGAAUCUUCAAAUCCAGUUCCUAGAUGGAAAAAGAUUCCUGAAUCAUCCAAAAUGAGGUUGAUCUCACCGGAGGAAGUCAGAAAACUUUCAUCAUAUGGUGGCAAUAGCUCGACUUUCAAAGUGCCAAAGCCUGUUUCAUCAGCUCGUUCUCCAACGAGUUUAACAAAGCUUGCUUGCUUCCCAAGAUCCAGGAGUCUGAAUUCUACAACCGUGGUGGCUCGCAAAACCAAUCACAUGCUCUCUCCGCCUAGAAAUGUUGAGCCUUUUAGGCCACGUAUUUUGCAGAUUCGUUCAGGAGUCAUGCAACAAUCUUCUAAACGACAAGCAGUAGUAGAAGAAGGGUCUAAACUGAAAGCUGGUGGUGGAGGUAAAGAUCUUGCUUCAAAAGAGAUAUGCAGAUCAAUCUUAUCAGAAAAGCUGUUGCAAUUACUUCCAUAUCGACCAGCUCUUCCCCCUAUUUGGAAGGGACGCAUUGUAGAUUCCGCUACACCAUCAGAGUUUAAUGGCAUGUUUUGGGCUCAGACGGCUUCUGUAAUCCAUGCGAAGGCUUACAAACUUUCAAAGACGAUUCCUGCUUUACUCAAGGUGGAAUUGGUCCCUAUAGGAAGUCUUUUGAAUGACUUGUUUGUGAAUAGAAACCCAGCGCUUUCAGAUGUAGAGAUGUACAUUUUCCCGGAUGACAAGAACACAAUAAGGUUUAAAGAGGAACAUGCUUAUCUCUUUGAGACCAUGAAGAGACGCAAUGCCAUGAUCAGAGUUAACGUCAAGGACACACCGUUCUUGAUAUUCUCUUCAAAAGUGUUGGACAAGUCCUCUCAGAUUAUCAUCGAGAUGCAGAAGAAAACAAAGAACUUCCUUUGGGGGAUCUUUCUCGUGACGAAAAAGUCAUUAGCACUUGUUCCUGGAACUUCCAAUCAAGCUGCUCAACGUUCUGAUGAUGGAGAUGUGGUUGACAAUGCUGCUAAAAGACCCUUCAAUUAUCAGAAAAUUACUAGUGGAUUCAUCUUCGACGCCGAUCCAGGGAGAGAGUUUGAUGGAUGCGGGUCGUGUUUGCAUGUUGUCUGA